AUGCUGGACAUGAGCGAGGCCCGCGCGCAGCCGCCCCGCAGCCCCAUGGCGCACGUGGAGGACUCGGACUCGGACGCGCCGCCGUCGCCCGCCGGCUCCGAGGGGCCGGGCCGGGCGGCGGGCGCGGGCGCGGGCGGCGACGCGGCGGACGAGCGCUUCCCGGCCUGCAUCCGCGACGCGGUGUCCCAGGUGCUGCGCGGCUACGACUGGAGCCUGGUGCCGCUGCCGGUGCGCGGCGGGGGCGGCGCGCUCAAGGCCAAGCCGCACGUGAAGCGGCCGAUGAACGCCUUCAUGGUGUGGGCGCAGGCGGCGCGCCGCAAGCUGGCGGACCAGUACCCGCACCUGCACAACGCGGAGCUCAGCAAGACGCUGGGCAAGCUGUGGCGCUUGCUGAGCGAGAGCGAGAAGCGCCCGUUCGUGGAGGAGGCCGAGCGGCUGCGCCUGCAGCACAAGAAGGACCACCCCGACUACAAGUACCAGCCCCGGCGCAGGAAGAGCCAGAAGCCCGGCCAGGGCGACGCCGACGCCAGCGCCGUGUACAAGGCCGACCACACAGGGCAGACCCACGGGCCACACCCGCCCACCACCCCCAAGGCCGACCUGCCGCUGGCCGGCGGAGGCCGGCAGGAGCUGAAGCUGGAAGGGCGCCGCCUGGUGGACAGUGGGCGGCAGAACAUCGACUUCAGCAACGUGGACAUCUCGGAGCUGAGCAGCGAGGUCAUGGGCAACAUGGACACUUUCGACGUCCACGAGUUUGACCAGUACCUGCCCCUCAACGGCCACUCGGCUGUGCCCGCGGAGCCUGGCCAGGCCAGCGCCAGCGCCUACGGGGGCGCCUCCUACUCGCACUCGGGGGCGGCCAGCGUGGGCGCGUCCCCUGUGUGGGCCCCCAAGGGAGCCCCGUCCGUCUCCGCCUCGCCCCCCGAGGCCGGCCCGCCUCGGCCGCACAUCAAGACGGAGCAGCUGAGCCCCAGCCACUACAGCGACCAGCCGCACGGCUCGCCCAGCCGCGCCGACUACGGCUCCUACGGCACGCAGGCCAGCGGCCCCGCGGCUUCGCCCGUGGCCGCCGCUGGCUCCUUUGCCAGCGCGCAGUGUGACUACACCGACCUGCAGGCCUCCGGCUACUACAGCCCGUACCCCGGCUACCCGUCCAGCCUCUACCAGUACCCCUACUUCCACUCGUCCCGGCGGUCCUAUGCCUCCCCGCUGCUCAACGCGCUGUCCGUGCCACCGGCACACAGCCCCGCCAGUAACUGGGACCAGCCCGUGUACACCACCCUGACCAGGCCCUGAGCCCAGCAAGUGCCUGCCAGGGUGUGCCGGAAG